GUUACAGAAGCCAUAACUGCCCCAAAGGACGUCCUGUCAGCUGCUAAUAGAUUCAGCACAGAACCUGCUGAGAGAGAGCCUGAGGACUCGCCCAUUAAAAAGACCAAAAGACAUAAGAAAUCAGUCCAGCAAAAGGCAUUACUGAGUGACACUGAAGAUGAGGAGAUCAUCGACUGUACUUCACCAGAGAAAAACCAAAAGGACAUCAAUUGUGUGACAAAAAGGGGAGAGGGUGUCAAAACAGGCUUUCAGUUUCGCAAGUCCAUUGCCUCUGUCAUGUCUUUGGGAAAUGACAGUGUUUUUGAGGACUCUGACUGCAUCAUCAGUGGAGUUGAAACCCCUGGUGGUUCCUGGAAUCCUAACAGCUCAGCAAAAACAACAACUAGUAGGGACAUCUCAAACAGGUCAAGUCCACCUUCAAGCAAAUCUGAGUCAAAAACGGAUAAGUGCUACUCAAGGUUGUCCUUCAAUGAGUCAAACAUUCAGACUGUAGGUGGAGAUCAGGUUGACUUGUUUUAUUCCCCAAAAAGUGUAAAUUCAGGCAAGAGAAAUGCUGAGAGCUGUGUCGAAACCAACACGGCAGUACCCAACUGUUCUCAAGCAGAUAUAGAGCCAGUUGAUGACUUCCUAAUCGAUGACUUUGAUAUUGAUGAUUUUAAUGAGACUGAUAUUCCAGAUUAUGUUGAAGAACCUCCAAGUGUCUUGGCAUCAAGAGACAGCUCUGGUGCAAAAACACCAUUGGUGCGGGAGGGAGGGCCUUCAAAACCUUUGGAGAGAAAGACAGUAACAUCCCCAGUGCUAAAACCUACGAAGACAUCCAACCCUGAACCCGUGUACAGAAACCCAGCUCAUGACCGCUUUAGAGGCUUCAGCUUUCCUCACAGCCCAGAGAUGAUGAAGAUCUUCCAUAAGAAGUUUGGGCUUCAUCAGUUUCGCUUCAAUCAGCUGGAGGCUAUUAAUGCCACACUGUUAGGAGAAGACACAUUUGUACUGAUGCCUACAG